AACUUGAUGUAUUCGGAUCUAAUCGUGGUUCAAAGAUCCCUAGGUAUAACCUUCAAUAAUUAAAAUGGUUGAAACUAAAAUCAGUUUAUUGUGUUAAACUGUAUAAUCCGUUGAAAAUCUUAUAACUUUUCCUGAAGAAAAAACGAAAUCUCCAAAUCCUUGAUUUUAACUCCUAACCUAAAGUUUUCGAAACAUUGAACUUCCAAGUGCUCCGAAUUUGAAACAUGUUUGCAAUAAUCAUUUAUAAAUAAAAUAAACAAUAAUAAAAUCUUUCUUAAUUCAUUAUUUUUUCUACUACACGUGAUUAUAUAGAUAUAUGUGUACGCGUUUAAAAGCUAUAUUUUUUGUUUUCACAAAAACUUGAUCGAAACUAUAAGAAACACGCUACACCGUACCGUAUAAAAAUUAAAAUUCCAAGGGGGUUUCCAUGCAACAGUAUCAGCACCAGCAGCAGCAACAGCACGUGGGUGUCUACUAUACACUACGUGGACAUACGUGCUAAUAACUAAUCAUAAUUAUUUUUGUAAAGUGAAACGAUUGCAACGUGCUCAAAUCGGAGAUUUAAAACCCAUUGUCUUUCGUAGAACAGAGACAGAAAAAGAACCCUGACAUAAUGAAAAUUUAAAGGAGGGCAUUAUAUAAUUGAACUAAAAUUUCAUUCGAUACACAUAGCUCGCUGCUGCAGUUACACUUCACGUGAAAGGGUGGUGAAUUACAAAAAAUUUAACAUAUAAACAGCAGCUGCAAAGGAACCGGAAAUAAAAGAGUGGAUAACUUACAUCGAAAUCUAAAAGCAUAACUGGAAAUUGAAGAAGGUACUACGUCUUAAUUGUAAGCUGGUGAAAUAUAGCUGGCCGACUAAAAGACAAGAAAGUAGAACAAAAAAAGACAAAAAAACAAGAAAGAAAAUCGAAAAAACAAUUCCAUUUCCAUCAUGAUCGUGGAAGAAAAACAAGAGAUGGAGGGGUUUUGGAUAGCGGGAGCGAUACAAGCUAUAAAAGCCAUUUCGUACGUCUGCGAUCUUUUAACAUUUCCAGUUUAUUUGGUGUUACAAAGACCAUGGGAAAAACGAAAAUUAUCUAGGCGCAUAAAGGCAAAAAUUAUCGCUAGGGAUGAAAAUUCUGUAACAUAUAAAUCAGUCGAUGGUCCAGGCGCGAUGCAUAUAGCGCUCAAUAGAAGAAAUGUUGAAACUCUUGACGAAAUGCUUCUUUGGGUCGCACAAAUUCACUGCUCUAAGAGGUGCCUUGGAACGAGGCAAAUUUUAGCAGAAGAAGACGAACUGCAGCCCAACGGAAGGGUAUUCAAAAAAUACAAAAUGGGAGAUUACAAAUGGAAGACAUUUGCGGAAGUAGAACGUUUAGCGGCAUCUUUUGGACGUGGUCUUAAAAGUAUUGGGAUGAAUACCAGUCGAAAUGUUGUUAUAUUUGCUGAAACGAGAGCUGAAUGGAUGAUUGCUGCUCAUGGCUGUUUUAAACAAAAUUUUACCGUUGUUACCAUUUAUGCUACCCUUGGAGACGAGGCCAUUGCUCAUGGAAUAAAUGAGACUGAAGUUGACACUGUCAUAACCAGUCAUGACCUUUUACCAAAGUUUAAAAGACUUUUAGAAUUUACGCCGAAAGUUAAAACUAUAAUAUUUAUGGAGGAUCAACUCAAACCUACCAACACAGAUGGGUACAAGGAGGGUGUAAUGUUGUGCGCGUUUUCGGACCUGAUAAAGAAGGGCAAUACUUUGAAAACUGAACCUUCGCCUCCGAAGGCAGACGACACAGCAAUCGUAAUGUAUACUUCCGGUUCGACUGGCAUACCUAAAGGGGUCCUUCUUUCGCACAGAAAUAUAGUUGCUACGGUAAAGGCUUACUGUGAUGCCGUUUCUGUAAACCCAGAUGACGUCUUCCUAGGAUAUCUUCCUUUAGCUCACGUCUUCGAAUUGCUGGUUGAGAGCGUUUGUCUUUUAAUCGGCGUUCCAAUCGGAUACAGCACACCUCUUACGAUGAUAGAUUCCAGCAGUAAAAUUCAAAGAGGCUCCAAAGGCGACGCUUCCGUUCUUCAUCCCACGUGCCUAACGGCUGUACCGUUGAUCCUUGACCGCAUAUCGAAGGGAAUAAACGAAAAGGUCAAGCGAGGUGGUCCGUUGAGACAGGCGAUAUUCAAAUUCGCGUACGAAUACAAAGCAAAGUGGAUAAAAUACGGAUACGAGACUCCGCUUUUUGACAAAUAUAUUUUUGGAGCUGCAAGGCAAGUUCUUGGGGGUCGCGUCCGACUAAUAUUCUCAGGAGGAGCACCACUCACGCCUGAAACUCACAGCCAGAUUAAACUAUGCCUAUGCGUUACCGUUACCCAAGGAUAUGGACUUACGGAAACUACGGCGUGCGCGACGGUCAUGGAUCGCCACGACAGAAGUACGGGAAGAGUUGGUGCCCCGACAACGUCUUGCGACAUUCGUCUUGUCAAUUGGGAAGAAGCUGGUUACAGAGUGACGGACAAACCUUUCCCAAGAGGUGAAAUAUUGAUCGGUGGCGAUAACGUUUCAGCUGGUUAUUAUAAAUUGAAAGAUAAAAGUAGGGAAGACUUUUUCGAAGAAGCGGGAAAACAGUGGUUUAAAACCGGGGACAUAGGUGAAGUUCAACAUGACGGAUGCAUAAAAAUAAUCGAUCGUAAGAAGGAUUUGGUAAAACUUCAACUCGGAGAGUACGUUUCGCUGGGUAAAGUUGAGGCCGAAUUAAAAACGUGUCCUGCUGUAGAAAAUAUUUGUAUAUACGGAGAUGCUAGUAAACAUUACACAGUUGCAUUGGUAGUUCCGAAUCCUCAGCACAUCGAGGAUAUUGCCGAAAAGUUAGGAGUAUCGCAUUCAUCCCUCGAAGAGCUCUACAAUAGUCCGGCCAUUGAAAAAGCCGUUCUACAAGAACUCGCUGAUCAGUGUAAAAAAUCAAAAUUAGAGAAAUUCGAGGUACCCGGUGCAGUAAAAUUAUGCGCAGAGCAAUGGUCACCAGAUAUGGGAUUAGUAACAGCAGCUUUCAAACUGAAACGAAAAGCAGUUCAAGAGCGUUACCAACACGAGAUAAACCGCAUGUACGCUUCGUGAUGUAGAACCAGGUAAGAAAAAUAGUAAUAAGUAAAUAAAAAAAUUGAAAAAAAAAAACAAAUUAAAAUGCAGUGAAUGCUAUGAAACGCCACAUCAUACCUUAUAUACAUAAAUAUACCUAUAUAUAUUUGUUCUGAAAUACCACAAAACAUCACAUUAACCCAGAUUUGAAUCCAGUAUAUAUAAUUAUCAUCCAAUCUCUAUCAAAUACAAAAUCAUAGGAGAACAAAUCACUGAAAUAUUUUACCCUCAAUGUCAUUUUUUGAUUGUCAUGAAUUUUUUUCAUAGUCGUGUAUUAGUACUGAUAAUAUAAUUGUGCAAUGUAAAUAUAUCGUUACAUGGAUGUGAACAAAAAAGCAAAAAAAAAAAAAGCUAAAAGAAAACAUGGUGCUGCAGUUUUCCCAAAAAAUGUGACAGAGGAAAGAAAAUUAAUUAACAAACAACUGUCUACUAUGUGGAAAUCAAAAUAGAAGUGAGAUAUAUGAGAAAUUAGUUCGAAGGUAAAAUAAGAGAAACGAAAAGAAACUUGGAAAAAAAAACAUCUAUUUAUCCGUGAAAAACCAAAAUUAAAUAAAAAAAAUAAAAUAAAUAACAUAUACUAAGUUAUCCUAUCGUACGGAAGGAAGGAGAAGAAUAAAAUAAAUUGUGUCAAAUAAAUUAUUUAUAACCUAAUGAUAAUUCUGAUAAUUAUACACACGAUAUGAAAUAUAUAUCUAAUUAGUUAUAAUCUUCUCUUCCAUUCUCGUGAUAUGGGAUUAUAUUAUUUUAUAAACUCAUCGUCGUUUGCGAUUUCUCAUAUAGAGAAGAGAAAAAACAAAAGCAUGUAACAGAAAAUUCGAAUCGCGGAUAAUCGUUGCUCAUUUACAACACUAAUUAAAUUCAUUGAUCGAUAAAAAAUUCUAUACAAAUCUAUUUAUUGAUAAUAUUAAUGGUAAUAAUCAUAGGAAAUACUGAUUGUAAAUAAUGGAAAGAAUUUUUUUUUUCUUCUGUGGCAGUACAAAAUUAUUUUCCCCCUUUUUGGUUCGAAUAGUAAUCAAUCAAUCGUUUCAAUCAAUUAUUUGAACAAUUGAUUGAAUUCAGAUAAAUUUGAAACUUCCAUAUUGAUGCUGUAAAACAUCACAUAUUACUAACAGUAUGAUUAGAAUUUGAGAUUUUUAUUAUUUAUUUAUUUUUUCUCUUGUAUUAUGUUGUAUUUGAAUAAUUACGCAGUUCACUAUUAUCAUAAUGAAACUGCAGGGUGCGGGUUGAAGUCUUAUCUAAACCCAUUAUAAUAUAAAUAUAUACAUAUAUAUAAAAAUAAGUAUACUUUUUACGAUGAUGCUGUAUACGUACAUAUAUAGUAUAUUUAUUUAUAAAUAAAAUUCAUUGAUUACCUAACAACUGUUAAUGAUGAAGAAGAGGAAAAAAAAAUAUCAAAACAGAUCAAAACCAAACUCAGAACAAAUUAUCAUAAUAAUUGAAUAUUGCUUACCAGCCGAUAUUUAAUAUUCGUGUAUAUAGAUAUACCAUGUAUGCAUGUAUUUAUGGAUGUAUACAUACUACGUGUACGUGCGCUUAAAAGGGUUAUAUUAUUACUGUCAUAUUGGUAAUUAUUGUACAGUUGAAGGAAAAUAAUAAUAACAAUGAUAAUAAAGUUCGUUUUGAAAGAAUAA